AUGUCGACCGCAGCUUCCUCCAGCACUCUGUUUUCUCCUGCUCCCAGUUCGCAGCCGCCGAUCUUUCAUAAGCCAACGACUGCUUUAUCUCUCUCUCGGGUCUCUCUUGGCCUUAGGCUUCCUAGAUCUCCGCCCCUAUCAACAACCCAUCUGAAAACUAGAAGAAAUUCAAGUCGUUUCACUACCUGUUGCUCCACGGACGCUGCAAAAGCUCCCAACAAGGAGACCCCUAUUGAAUUGAGAUAUGAAGCAUUUCCUACUGUCAUGGAUAUCAAUCAGAUUCGUGAAAUUUUGCCUCACCGGUUUCCAUUUCUCUUAGUGGAUAGAGUGAUUGAAUACAAUCCUGGAGUUUCUGCUGUUGCAAUCAAGAAUGUAACAAUAAAUGAUAAUUUCUUUCCUGGGCAUUUUCCUGAGAGGCCAAUCAUGCCUGGUGUUCUCAUGGUUGAGGCAAUGGCACAGGUCGGUGGCUUGGUUAUGUUGCAACCGGAAGUGGGAGGCUCUCGUGACACUUUCUUUUUUGCUGGUAUUGACAAAGUGCGAUUUCGGAAACCAGUGAUUGCUGGUGACACAUUAGUGAUGAGAAUGACACUAGUCAAGCUGCAGAAACGCUUUGGAAUAGCAAAGAUGGAAGGCAAGGCCUAUGUGGGAGGUGAAGUGGUGUGUGAGGGAGAGUUUUUGAUGGCUACUGGUACUGGCAGUGACUGA